AUGUCAAUGGUAGAGUACUAUACCAUCCUUAAAUACCUUCUUAUGAUUCCCUUAUUUCCUGUUGACGAGGUUUGUCCUAUUUUCCCCAAUGUGUGCUUAGAUACAUUUCGGAAACACGCUAUUCAUUGCAAGGAGCUUCCAGGAUUCAAAUACCGACACAACCUUGUUAGGGAUAUCCUAUUUGAUAUAUUUAGGCGUGUUGGGGUAUCUGUGAAGAAAGAGGUGCAUGUGAAUUUCUUGACUAAACCACGGGAGGGGAAAUCGGCUCUUAGACCAGCCGAUGUUCUGGUGAAUGAGUGGAUAGGAGAAAAACAUGCAUGUGUCGGCUUGACCGGAGCUUCCUCAUUGGUGGGAUUUAGGUCUGUAGGUUUUUUCGUGGGACAAACAGCUCUCAAAGCUGCUUUAAGUAAAGUAGUCAAGCGUGAGAAAAUGUAUUUCGAUAAUCAACAUGCUUUCAUGCCAUUUGCCUUUGACACCUUCGGUUUUCUAGCACCAGAAACAAUGGAUCUUUUACAGAGAGUGCAAAGACUCGUGCAUAAUAAUGUUGUGUCACCUAGGACAAUGAAUGUAGUGUUUAAGAGGAUUGAUUUUGCCAUUCAAAAAGGAGUAGCGACGCAACUUGUUGCCUUUUUGCCUAUUAUUUAUGGAUAA